UACUCGAUUGUACUCACCAUCUAAUCGCUAUUUCUCAACAAACAAAUCUCGAGUGCAGACCACUACUUGUUCGAAAUAAGUACAGCUGCGUCUCAACCAUUGGCUCGACAACGAUCAAGAAUGUCGAACAUCGUCGUGCUUGGUGCCGGAGUUUCAGGCCUCACCACAGCGUUACUACUAGCAAAGAAAGGUCACCAUGUCACUGUAAUCGCUAAGCACAUGCCCGGCGACUACGACAUCGAAUAUGCUUCGCCAUGGGCAGGAGCGAAUUACUUGCCUGUAAGCAAGCCGAAUACAGAUUUCCAGUCGUGGGAGAAGGCGACAUGGCCGGAGCUCGAACGCCUUGCGAGAGAUGUUCCGGAAGCUGGCGUGCACUUUCAAGACUCGUACGUAUAUCGAAGAGCCAAGGAUGCCGGGACGCCCAUCGCCGAGUGGUUCAAGGAAUUAGUUCGAGAAGAUGCGUGGUUUCGUGAUGUGGUGCCCAAGUUCCGAGUCCUGUCAAAAUCAGAGCUUCCAGAAGGCAUGGAUGGAGGCACCGUCUUCACGUCAGUAUGCAUUAACACGGCCAUAUACCUACCUUGGCUCGUAUCAGAGCUCCUCAAACAUGGAUCGGUGGUCAAGCGAGGGAUUCUGAAGCACAUCUCUGAAGCUGCGGAUCUCCAUCACACUGGCAAGCCAGCUGAUCUGAUCAUCAACGCCACGGGUCUGUCAUCACUCAAGCUGGGAGGCGUCGAGGAUAAGAACGUAUACCCUGCAAGAGGCCAAAUCGUGCUUGUGCGGAAUGAGCCAGGCUUUAUGGCAUCCACCUCCGGCACAGACGAUGGCGACGAUGAGGCCUGCUAUAUCAUGCAGCGCGCUGCUGGUGGUGGCACAGUCCUCGGUGGAUGUCUACAGGUGGGCCAGUGGGAGAGUCAACCAGAUCCAAAUCUUGCGACAAGGAUUAUGAAGCGUGCCAUAGGACUUUGUCCUGGUUUGGUUCCAAAGGGAGCGGGAAUUGAGGCUCUGAGUGUGGUUAGACAUGGUGUUGGGUUGAGGCCAAUGCGUGAGGGCGGUAUUCGUGUCGAGAAGGAAGUGUUGUCGGGUCCAGGUGGGCAAAAGGUUACAAUUGUGCACAAUUACGGCCACGGCGGGUAUGGAUACCAAUCGUCGUAUGGAGUAGCGGAGGCUGCUGUCAAUUUGGCUGAGGAGGCAUUGAAGACGAAGGCCAAAUUGUAGACAGAGACAUGUAACAAGUGCUGUGCCAUCACCUUCAUCUCGAGACCAUUUCCUCGACUUCAGUGAUGCG